GCCUGCCUCCGUCCCGGCCAUGGCGUCCUACUUCGAGGAGCACGACUGCGAGCCCGGAGCCCCGACGGGGGACCCGCUGCCGCCACGCCACGCCCUGCUGGAGCUGGCCAGGUCCCUCUUCCACGGGCUGGAGAUCGACGUGGGCGCCCUGCAGAGCGGAGACUGGGAUCACCGGCUCCCGCCGCCAGCCGCUCGCAGCGCCGUGGAGGGGCUGCCCGAGGUGCGGGUCGGCGCCGCGCAGGCAGCGAAGGGGCUCCGGUGCCCGGUGUGCCUGCUGGAAUUCGAGGCGGAGGAGGCGGCCAGGCAGAUGCCCUGCCAGCACCUCUUCCACGCCGGCUGCCUCCUCCCCUGGCUCGGAAAGACCAACUCCUGCCCGCUCUGCCGCCACGAGCUGCCCACCGAGGACCCAGAGUACGAGGAGUACAAGCAGGAGAAGGUCCGCAAGGAGCAGCAAGUGUACCGGCUGGAGUAUCUGCAUGGCGCCAUGUACACGUGAGCCCCGCCCGGCCCGCGGCACGGACGAUCCCCUGCAAGGGGGGGGGCACAAAAGCCCCACCCCUUCUCAGUGCUUUUUCUAAGCAAGAACUCAACUCAGCAGAGCUCAGAGGGAUUUUUGACAAAUAAAAAUAGCCCAAGGCUUUAUUUCCAA